UACAAACAGCUUGUCAGUAAUUUACUGACAAGUGACAAUGCGAGUUGUUUGCCAGGCGCUCUCAACCCCUGAACUUUUCGUAAGUACUCCUUACAUCCAUCUAUUUCUCUUGCUAGACUUCUGAAGUAGUCCUGAACUGUCUCGCAUAAACCAGCUUGGGGACGCUGACUAGAAAUUGUAGGGGUUGACAGUUCUCAAUGCGCGCUCACUUGCGUCAUUCGGUGCUGUGCCUCCGUCCUUGAAUCAUUUAAAUCAGGCCUCUCGAGCAGGUUUUGGGCAAAAUGACUAGCUGUACCCCAGAGACAACCGGCCCAAAUCCAACAGCACCUUACUAUGACCUUCCUAAUGGUUUCCAAGGCCCUUACUCUUGUGGUGAUGAAGCCUAUGGUCUACCACCGCAUGCCGACCAAACUAAUACCCAUUUGUAUGGUAACGAUGCCGCUUUCGUAGAACAGAACCAAGGUGAUGCAGAUCGUGCGCUCAACAGCAAUAUCGCUGGACUACUGAAGGUCAUGGAAUCUGUGGGCGGUCAAGAGAAUGACAUGGGGGAGCAAGGGGGGGCUAAUCGUAAGAGCGCCGGCGGCCAUCGCGAUACAGCAGGCGAAAAGCAAGGUGUACCGCUUGAAACCGCUCAGGCUGGGGUGAAGCGUAAAAGAGCAACAGGACUAUCUGAAGCAGCAGAAGGGACUGCGGAAGCGCCCAGCGCGACGCGAGGGAGUGCAGGGCGUCGAAAGAGGCAGAAGAGCAGCUCGACUGAAGUCGACGAGAGGUUGGGACACGCAGACGACGGAGCUACUACUGCGUACCCAGCAUCCGUGUUAGCAGAAGCCCGUGUUGUUGGAGUACAUAGUGCUGCGGCUUUGUUCCGGGGAACCAGCGUAUCGACGAAGAAAUACACCCGUCCGCCUAUGUCCAAACUGUACAGCUCACUACGGCUAACACCAGACAAUUUCCUUCACCUCCAAGCUGCUGCGAAGCAGUACAUGCUUGACACUGCGCAUCCGGAGCGGCAAGACUGUGUUGGCCAACGAGGGAAAGGCGACACUGAUAUUGUCCGGCUACGACUUUUCAACUGCGUCCGCGAGUUUCUCAACGAGGGGUCCGGUGACAAAUUCUUUGGCCCGAACGCGUGCACGGAAGACCAGGCUGGGGACGGCGUCGGCUUUGGGGUCAACGAUAACGACAAUAGGAAGUGGAUUUGGCCGCACGACGGUAACAAGAUCAUUUCCCUUAUUACCCCCCUCCUUCGUCGCAUGGUCACGAACGAGCGCCAACGACAGUACGCUCUGGUAGCACGCAAGUCAGGGAAUGCAAAAGCUGCAAGAUCCAAAGAAGAUAUUGUCGAUCCACAGCCUUCCAUUGACGAAACACCUGCCAAGGAGCCAUCAACUGCUGUGUCACUGGUAAGGAGAUGUCCUAUGCGCUGUAAAAUGCACCUCUGCUAACCGGCUACGAAGAGCCUCGAUCCGAACCUGCGAAACUCUCCCCAGAUGGCGCAACCAUAUUCCAGCGUCCCGAUCCAGACAUAUGCGUCCUUUGGCCCGCC